CUUUUGCCCAGUCGCUUCGAGUGGUGAAGCACUCGCCAAGAAGAUAUGAAUAGACGGCAUCAAGAUCUCAACUCCAUCCAUCGUCGAACAUGUCAUCCCCGAUCCUGGCUCAGGGAACUGCUCACUAUCGGUUGGCAUCAGUUUCCGACGGCCUUCAACUACUGCCUGUCCAACACCGCCCGGAUGAUCUACCAAAGGAAUUCACGAUGCUUGCCAGCGCACAGGGGAAGGGUAAAGAUUAUGGAUUGGGCUUUAAAGACAUAAAAUGAUGCCUUUCCAUCCCCAUUUCUGACAUUGAAGCAGCAUCUCAACCUUCCAUCUCAACCAUCCCAUUCGACACUCGGUCACCAUGGGCUUCUCCCUCACCUCCCUCCUCGCUACGGCGUCUUUGGCCCUCGCGAUUCCACAAGACUUCCAGAUUGGAGAACGGGCCCCAGUCAGCACCAUCGACAUCCGAUACCGACAUGACAAAGUCACCAACAAAUACGCUCUCACUGUCUUGGACAAAGAUACACACCAAGUUCUUGCUCGUGUUUGCGAUAAAUCCAUCAGAUCGGGUGCCUUUUCGGCCCUGCCUAUCCAUGUUGAUGCCGACGGUGAAGCCUUUGGGACCAUCACUGUCGGAUCUCGCACCCAUGCAAUCGGGCACCGCUCACGCCAAGUUGACUGCUGGAGCAUGUACAGCAAUCGUGCCGCCACAGUGACCUGCCAUGUGUCUCUCAGGCACUUGCCGGCACUGGAUUUUGAUGCGUUAGCUCACGACACACCGGCGCCACCCUGUUUCGACAACUUUCCCUUGGUAGAGCAAAGCGAUGUGGAUGGGACUCCCUCCAACGUCACCCAGCUCGAGCUUGCCCAACAUGAAAUUGGUAACGAGGGGUUGGAGACCGUCCAGGCCCAGGACCAACUUCCGUCACACCCAACCUUGCGUGCCAGGCAAGGUUCCAUUCUCCGCUGCCCUCCUUACCGCGAGGCCAGACUGGUCGGCGAUGGCAACCCCCAUCAGAACUACUUUCAUGUUCAAAUGACGAGCAAAGGAAGAUGCGGCGACGGCGACUGCGAGAUCAGCUACGAAAUUUCGGAGACUAAAACCUUCUCAUGGACAGCGUCCGCCUCCAUUGCUGGCUGGAUCUCUGGUGGAUUUGCUGUCGAAAAGUCGCACUCGUUCGCAGAGAAUUUCAAUUGCGUCGGCAAGGAGGGGCAUGACACGAAUGUCUGCGUGUGGCAGAAGAUCGCACACACAGCGUAUACCGUCCAGAACUAUAUCGUAUACCCCUGUUCCAAAAAAGCAGUCCCUGAUGGAGACCCCUUCAUUCUCUGGUCUCCCAACGCAAACAACGUUGGGAGCGAGUACUAUUGCGUCAGGAACACAUGCCGCGCAGGCAAAGGCGAUAAUUGGUGGGACAAAAGCCCAAGCAGGCCGGGGGGACCUCGCGACUGGUAGCCCGCGGUUCAUUACUGUUUUCGGGUGUUUGGAGUUUUGGUAGAGGAAGAGCAUGUUUAAGUUCAUUUGUAUCCUGUAUAUAUGGUGGAUCGGUAAUCAACCACUCUAAUAGGAGGGGGCUGUGGCUCUCCGGCAAGCACAUGAUUACAAGCCAUUAGCCCCAUCCAAGCUACGCAAUGAAAGCUUGAACAACGUGGUUCAAGGCACUUAGACUACUC